GAGUAAUUUGUAUUUUGACUAUUGUGUGAAAUAAGCGAGUGCUGUUUACAAUGUCUCUUCAACCUUUCUUCGAUUUACACCCAUUCCAAGACGUCUUUUCUGACUUUUUAAGCUAUUCCCCCCGCGUUCAACGCCAGGAUCGUGCUGUUGAUUUGUCACCUGCCAUUGAUGUCCAUGAAGACAAAGAUACGGUUGCUGUUGAUGUAGAACUUCCUGGUGUCAAAAAGGAAGACGUUCAAGUUCAUUACGACGAAGGAAAGCUUACCGUUUCUGGUAAAUCCGUGAAUGAACGCAAGAGCGAGGGAGAUCGAGGAAACCACAGAUGGUCUGAACGUCGCUUUGGAUCCUUCUCUCGAACUAUCUCCAUCCCCAGCAGGAUCGAUUCCGACCGUAUUGAAGCCCAAUAUUCCAAUGGCAUCUUGAGUAUUGUCUUGCCCAAGAUUGAGCAAUCUCGCUCCAAGAAACAAAUCGCCAUCAAUUAAGCUGAAGGCUAGUGGUAUUGAGUUUAUGAUGAUAUGAUUGUAUUCUAAUGAGAAUUUAUAAUGGCAUAAUGACUUUUUAAUAUAGCAUUGCGUUUAAUGAGAGUUUAUCAAACUUUAAAGGUACUCACUUCAUUAUUGUUUAUAUCAAAUAGCAGUGUGGCCCAGGAAUGUCGGUAGCAUCUAUCUUGCCAGUACGAUUCCAGCCGUCUUGACCAGAACACUAUAAUAUUACCAACGG